AUCUGAUUAGUAGCCAUAUUGUGCAUUGUUUAUUCGCACGGCACAAUAGAUUUCCUAUAAAAAAAACUACACUCAAAGAGCAGCUGUGAACAGAGAAAAACGUCAACAAAAAGAAAACAUCAAGUCGAAAUUUAUCCAAUCAGUUAUUGCGUUCCGAAUUGUUACUUUUUACGGUGUGUUCUCUGCUCUUUUUUUUAAUUCUUUAAAAAUCGUAUAAAAUAUAGAGUACAAUUGGGAAAAACAAUCAGGGAAAAUUCGACGUAUUAUUGGAAAUUGAAAAGUAUUGUAAUAUAAUUGUUUUGAUCAUACAAAGACACAUGAAUUAUUGAAACUUCGCCAGUUUUAUUGUGCUGCUUGUGUAUUUUGGUGUUGAUGCUGUGUAACCGCUCAGUUUCAGUGGAAGCUAGUGGAUAAGAGCUGCAUUUAGUAUAGUAAAUACAUUUUUUUCUUUUCUCAUGUGCAUAUGCAUAAAGACGUGCAUACUUAUAGCGCCACAUAAAUUUAGCAAUACUUUGUUUACACAACCAUUUACUUUUUGUACUACGCAAAAGGCAGCAGACUGCAAGUCAGAUUUCGCGAACUAUCAUUAAAUUUGUUGAAUUGUGCUAAUCAUCCAAAGCCCCUAUUUAAUUCCUACAAAAUUUGAAGUCAAUACAAAAAUUAUUCAACGAGAUCACUGCUAUUUAGCAUGAUAAAAGAAGAAAACACAGCUAUCAAAUACUCUGGACUGUAACAAGCUAAACCCAUUUGCUGUUUUACAAAUUAAGAUUGUGAUAAUUGUUUCUUGGAACUUUAGAAACUAAGUUAUAUUCUCGUUUAAGUAUAAGAAAUUUUAAGUCCUAGCGAAAAUGAAUACCAGCGGCAAUUAUUUCGAUGAACAACUCGUCCAUAUUUACACACAUCUGGUGCAGAAUUAUGUGCCAGACUUUGUACUCACUAUGGGUAAACAUUUUGAGUAUACGCCGUGGAUAUUCUCGUUACUCGGGUCGGUGGUGAUCGGCUUGAGCGGUAUACUACCUUUAUUCAUUAUACCCACUGGUGAAAAACUCCAGAAAGGCGGUUAUGCGGAUCCUGCUGAGUCCAAAUUCCUUAAAGUGCUGUUAAGCUUUGCUGUCGGCGGCCUACUGGGUGAUGUUUUCCUUCAUCUGUUGCCUGAAGCUUGGGAAGGUGAACAACAAAGUCCCACUGAACAUCCUUCUUUGCGCUCAGGCCUGUGGGUUUUAUCGGGCAUACUAAUUUUCACGAUUGUCGAGAAAAUAUUCUCCGGUUACACCAAUGCCGAUGAGGAGAAUCCACAGCCAAAAUGUGUGGAAAUUGCAAAUUGUUUACUUCGCAAAACAGGCGGGAGAAUACCAGAAGGCCACAAUAGUUCAGAAAGCUGCGCAAGAUCAUGUGAUAUCGAAGAAGUACCCAAUGGUUGUUUCUUGCGCGAACGCGAACAAAAACAAAAGGAGCAGCCAAAAAAAGUAGCAGGCUACUUAAAUUUAAUGGCGAAUUCCAUUGACAAUUUCACACAUGGUCUGGCUGUUGCCGGUUCAUUUUUAGUCUCAUUCCGACACGGUGUGCUAGCAACAUUUGCGAUUUUGUUGCACGAGAUACCACAUGAAGUUGGUGAUUUUGCCAUUCUCUUGCGUUCUGGUUUUAGUCGAUGGGAUGCUGCCCGCGCUCAACUAUUGACCGCUGGUGCCGGUCUUCUGGGUGCGUUAGUUGCAAUUGGUGGUUCGGGUGUCACAUCGGCCAUGGAAGCACGAACUUCCUGGAUUAUGCCCUUCACGGCUGGAGGAUUUCUCCAUAUAGCUCUCGUUACUGUAUUACCAGAUCUCUUGAAGGAAGAAGAGAAAAUGGAAUCUAUAAAACAAUUGUUCGCGCUAAUAUUCGGAAUUCUGAUAAUGGCUUUUAUGACGGUAUUUUUUGAGUCAUGAACACAUAUUUGGAUCGAGAUUUGUUCUUCUAAUAAUUAAAAUCAUUAAAUUUCUACAAAUAAGUGCUUGCAAUUGGGCAUGUGUAUGUAUGCAUGUAUGUUUAAG